UAUAGGUAUGAAUCGUAUGAUGAUAAAGCUCACGAUAACAGUCGCCACUUGCUUCCUACUUAGCUCGGUGCUAUUACAACCAUUCUCCAACACCUCCAACUGCCACCAAUCAGGCAAAACUCACUGUAUUUUUCAAUUUCCUGUAGGCACAAAGGAUUCAGAAACACCAAGGGAUAAACUGGUAGGAGGGCUUUUAACCGCUGAUUUCGAUGAAGGUUCUUGCUUGAGUAGGUAUCAUCAGUCUUUGCUGUAUCGCAAGCCUUCACCAUACAAGCCUUCUCAAUAUCUUGUCUCUAAGCUUAGAAGCUAUGAGAAGCUUCACAAGCGUUGUGGUCCAGGCACAAACGCUUACAAGGAAGCAACAAAGAAUCUUGGUCAUGGUGAUGAUGAUAAUAAUGCAAACAAAUCUGAUAGUGAUUGCAGAUACAUUGUGUGGGUGCCGGUUUUCGGGCUUGGAAACAGAAUACUUACUCUUGCUUCUGUGUUCCUUUAUGCGCUCUUGACUGAGAGACUCAUUCUUGUUGACCAACACAAGGACAUAAGUGAUCUCUUCUGUGAGCCUUUUCCAGGUACUUCCUGGUUACUCCCUCUGGACUUUCCACUCGCAGAUCAGUUAGGCAGGUUCGAUCAAACAUACUUGUUUUGUUACGGAACUAUGUUGAAAAACCAUGCCAUUAACUCGACUACAUCAGAAAGAAUCCCGUCGCACCUUUAUCUUCACCUUAUCGGUGGUUACAGAGAUCAUGAUAAGAUGUUCUUCUGCGAGACAGAUCAAUCUGUCAUCGGGAAAGUCCCUUGGCUUGUCGUCAAAUCAAACCUUUACUUUGUUCCAUCUCUAUGGUUGAUCCCCAGUUUCCAAACCGAACUGAGCAAGCUAUUCCCACAGAGAGAUACCGUCUUCCACCAUUUGAGUCGGUAUCUUUUUCACCCGACAAACCAAGUUUGGGGAAUGGUCACAAGGUCCUACAAGGCUUACUUGUCUAGGGCAGAUGAGACACUCGGGAUUCAAGUACGGGUUUUUGGCGAACGCGCUAUAUAUCUCCAGCAUGUCAUGGACCAGAUCCUAGCCUGUACACAAAGAGAGAAACUGUUGCCUGAAGCAGCUCCACAAGAAGAAGAAACACAAGUCAAUGUAUCAAAAAGCGCCAAAGUGAAAGCCGUGCUAGUUACUUCUCUGAGUUCUGGAUAUUCAGAGAAUCUCAAGAGUAUGUACUGGGAAUACCCGAGUUCAACAGGAGACAUUGUUGUAGUUCACCAGCCAAGUCAAGAAGGGCAUCAGCAGACAGACAAGAAGCGUCAUGACCAAAGGGCGCUCGCCGAGAUGUAUCUUCUAAGCCUAACUGAUAAACUUGUGACCAGCGGUUGGUCUACUUUUGGAUACGUAGCUCAAGGUCUUGGCGGAUUAAAGCCUUGGAUACUUUACAAGCCUGUAAACCACAAAGUUCCUGAUCCCCCAUGUGGUUGUGCCAUGUCCAUGGAACCGUGUUUCCAUUCACCUCCAGCAUAUGGCUGUAAAGGUAAGACCGGAAUCAAGACAGGAAAUAUGGUCCCUUAUGUGAGAUAUUGUGAGGAUAGAAGCUGGGGACUAAAGCUAGUUCAAGUUCCGCUAUGAGUUUUAGCUUCUUUCCACUCCCCAUUUUGCCUACUACUACUCUCAUAUAGCUAGCUCAAAUACUCGUAUGCAUAUGAGUCCGGUUACUUUUAUGUAUGUAUGGGUUCAUAUGUCGCAUGCUAAAACUUACUUUAUCUAUUUAUUUAUUUUUUUUUGUUUUCUUGAACAGCGCUAAAGCUUACUUAGCAGUUCACAAGG